GUCCGGUCACUCGGCACAAUGAAAAUAGCGAUCUGAAAUCAAAUAUGUAUUGGCACUGGUACAGAACAGGCGGUUUUUAAUGGACGAUAUGUAAUUCAGUAGUUGUGAAUCUCAAAUAUUUACGUGACGUCAAUGGUACUAAGUGAUUUUUUGUUGUCACCCCUUCAUAAGAGCAUGAAAUAGAGGCACUGUUUUUGUUCUAUUCAGAGUUUGGAUUGAAGUGUUGGCGACAUUGUUACAGAUUUGUGGAUAAAUCUUGUGUAUCCUGCACCAGAAUGCCUUUAAAGGAGAUUAACAAAAUAGCACAGUGGAUUAUCAGUGUAUUUCAAGAUUAAAACUGUGAUAAUCCGAGAGAUAAUUUUAAAAUUAGUAACGAGCGUUUAGUGUUUGGAGUUAGUACAGAUUGUUGAUAGUGUCAUUUGGUUUUGGUGAAGAAUGGUGUUGGAUGUUUAUACGACUGAAAUUGGAAUAAAUAACUUGGAAAUGAUUCUUAGUGAUUACAGUUUGACUAGCCCUGAAGACCUAUACAGAGAAAUCUACACCAACAUGUCACAGUUUCGAGAGCCACCUCCUUAUCCUGGUCUUCCAAAACAGAGCAGCAGCCAAACUGGUUUACAUCAGAGUUUCUCUGGUAGUGAGGCAAGCACUGAUGUUUCAGUAUCGUCCAAUGAGAAUCUAGCAAGCGGACAGCGACAGGAACCGCAAGGGGAGGAAACUCAGGUUUCGUCCCCGCAUCUGGUUUACGAUGCCAGCGGCUUCAGCGACUACAGUAUCAUGGCUCGCCUAGGUAUGCCCGCCUCAGAGAUCGACCAAAAACUGAUGCAAUCGUCAAAUACACCGCAUAUAUAUGUGACACCAGGAAAUGGUGUUUAUUCUAGUGUUCACGGACCGUAUAUAGCUACCAGCGUCAAUUCUCCAGCUCAUGGUUUGUGUCAUGUUACCCAUUCCCAGACCCAGAAUCUCUAUCAUUCAAGCGAAAGUGGAUUUUCGGGCAGUGAAAGUUCAAAGCAUCAGUUAGGCGGAGAAAGUGACUCGAGUACAAAUAUUUCCCGACAAAGUUCAGGAUUUUCGUGUGACACUUCUCUAAGCUCAAAUUUGACCUCACCUAGUGGCGUAACAUCGUACAGCAGUUCAACUUUGUACGCAAAUUACCCUCAACAGUGGACUCACAGUGCAAUGGACUACGGCUCUCCUCAGAUGAGCAGACCUCAGGCACAUUUAAAUUUUCAGAAGCACCAUCUCAAUCAACAACUCCAGCAACAACAGUUACCCUCAUUCAUGUCACACACAUCCAUGCAUUCUGGGCAGCCACACAUGAACCUGAAUCAUUUGAACAGCUCGCCCCUGCCCCCACCCCCUACCUACCCGGGCUUUCAAGGUCACGAGGCAGCCAGGAGGUCAUACGAGAUUCUGGGCAAGACGGAAAUCCCAGGGUCAAGGUCACAGCCGGAGUUGAGCCACCUGCUGGACCAGCGGGCUCAAUACCCAGGGGUCAUACAUACCCCUGGGGGUUCAGGCUCAGACAGAGGAUCCCAGCAUUCUCUAGAGCAUUGUGUGGGAGAUGGCUCAAGAUAUGCUGAUAUAGACCAAAUAGCCUUCAAGGCAACAAGCAUGGUCAACGUCCUUUCGGAGGAGAACCAUGCCCUUAGACAGAAACUUUCCGUCUUUGAACGCAAAGUCAUGUUGCUACAGAAGUUUGAGAUGGAGCUACAAAACGUCCACGAAGGCUAUGAAUCCCUUCAAAAGUCUUCAAAAAAAAUCAUCCAGAAGGAGUCGGCGAUGAAGAAACACUUGGAAGAAGAGCUUAAGAAGCAGAAAGCUGUGAACAACAGUCUGAUCCAGCAGCUACAGAAGGCUGGGCUACCGGUGCCAGACGCCGCCAUCUUGGCAUCCGUGGAGCCCAGCGAUAGCAGCAUGGUCCACCUGCUUGCAAAACACAAGGAGGUGCUGGGUAUCAAGGAGAGGCAAGAGAUGGAGAUAGAGGCCAUGAAGAUGACCAUACAGGAGCAGAGGGCCCAGAUUGACAUCCUCAGGAACGUGCAGGCCUCACAGAUGCGGCUGGAUGAGGAGGAGCGUCGCCAGCAGCUCCUGGCAGAGUACGAUGAGGAAAUCAAGCAAGAGCUUGCCUCAAUAAAGGCUGCAUACGAGAAGAAAGAACAAACCGAGACCAACAUACGACUCAAACUCGAGAAGGAGCUAGAGUACUGUCGACGACAUCACGUCUCCGCGAAGUCUCAGGUGUCGUCCAAUGCGGGGGCUUGUGGGAAGGGAAAGGAUGGCAAGGCGGAGAUGAAUGUGGACAUCAAGAAACUCUUGGAGGAAAAAGAGGCCAAGAUUCUACAGCUGGAGAAGGAAUUGAUACAGUGGAAGGAACAACAGCUGGAAGAGAGUAUUCGCAAGUUGAAGCUACAAGAGUCAUUAGAGACCGACUCCUUCAGUCGACUUCCAGCGUACGACCAGUCAGGGAGCAUGUGUUCCUCUAGCAUGUGUUCGUCCACGUGUUCGAGCCUCUCCACGGAGACCUUGAUCAACGAGGCGAAGGCAGACAAGCUGAGACAGAUGGAAGAGGUCUACAAGGCAAACAGGAAGGUGGCCGAACUGGAGGCUAGUGUCAAGUCACUCCAAUCUCAGCUAAGCGAAAAGGAAGCAAUCUUGCGUGUCUACCAGCGAUCACCGAUGACGCGCAGUUCAAGCGUUCACACCAUCUACUGCACGCCCCACCACUCUCCCCGGCCGUCUCUCGUGGCAACGGGGUCGCUGAGUCGACAGGGCAGCCAUGACCCAUCCAACUUUCUUGAGGUCUGCCACAAGAAGACGGGAAGUACCAGCGCUUUGGAGGCGUACAGCAAAAUUUCGCAGGAGGAUUUACUCAAGAAAAUCGAAGACCUGAAGAGCGGGUCUAAGAGUAACUCGGACAGUGAAGAGAACCCAGACUCAGUGUGGCAGGUGUGAACAUAAUCUUGACUGGUUGCCUAGCAGCCCAGUGUGUUCUUCAGUGUUGCAUAGCAACAAGAAAAAAUGUUGCCUAGCAACCAGCAUUGCCAGAGAUGUCCAGAGUUCUUCCAAACAAUAGCAAACGCUACAACAUAUUGCACGGUUAUUUGGCCGGACAUUGGAUAAAUCGGGUUUGUUCCAAAUGUGAGAAAAUGCGUAGAAUGUUCCAAGAACAGUAAAGGAGGAUUUCCAAAUGUGAAUUGGAGUCAACACUAUAGUUUGACCUGAGAUGGGAAAUAUCUGUAAUGGUGAAGAAGUGCACAACAAAAUGUUCAAGAACAUUAGUCAUAACCGGAGCAGUUACAGUUGUGACAUGCAGUGUAUUAUGUUUGCCAGGCAUGUGUUUCCUCAUGGGGAUAUGGACAGUGACCUCUCGGAUUACCAGUUUUACCCUGUGAUAUUAUGAGUCUUCGGACAUUAAAUUUGCCAGUACAUUGUGAGAAAGAUUUCGAUUACUGAAUCAUGAACGUUUUUGUUUUAUAUCAUUGACUGAAGAAAUUCAUGAACUGAAGUACUGUUUGUGUUUGAUCAUGGAUAAUUUUUAAAAUCUCAAGGAAAAACAGCUGUGUUAAAUGUUAUACUUCAAAGUAUAAGAACCGUUCAUGUUAUUUAGAUUUUCAGAACGAAACAUUGAGAUGAUCUGUCCUUCGUUGUUUUAUCAGCAAAAACUUAUGUGUGAAAUGAUAUUUGCCAGAUUUGAAUCCCGACGUCUUUCAUGUAAAUAGCCUAUUUUUGUAUAUUUACCUUUUUUGUAAGUGCCUUUUGAAUUUGAACAAUUUGCUUGUUGUUAUGAAUUAUAUUUAGUCAGUGUUGACUAUUUUGAGUGUUGUUUUACCUAUAGUGAUUUUGCAAUAUAUAUUUUCGUCUUUUCCAAUGCAAUAUUUCAUGAACACAUGCAAAAGAGGGUUGUUUUUUAUGUGAAUUUUUCAUAUGUCAGAUGAAUUAAAAAGUUUAAAUUUUAAAUAAAUGCUCAGCUCUUCAGCAUAGAUUGUUGAAAACUGUUUUCCAGUAAUAUUGUUUUCCAAUAACUUAUUUUUAUUUGGAAAUGUAUUUAUCAAUGUCAAAAUGAUAUCAGACUGCAUUUAAAGAAUUUAAAACAUAUAAUAAAAGGUUUUUGUUUUGACAAGGGUUAACUAGUUUUAAACCUGAUCAGAAAUUAUGAUAUAGAAGCACUUGUUUGUUAAUUGACAACGUGUGGACUGAAUUUGCAUAAUUACAGACAAAUGGCAUUUUAAAUGCUCGAUAACCCUUCACAGCACUCAAAAGUUCCCAGUUCUGUAUCAUACACUUGAAAUUUGGGGAGUUUUGCACUGCACUGGUUAAAAAUUUUAACAUCAUUUUUUUUCGGAAAGCAAUUAUACAGAUGUUGUAAUUUUGUUUAACCCUUUCCCACUCAGUAGCAAAGUGAAAACGGCUAUGUGCAAACAGCAUUAAACCAGAACAGCCUGCGAGUAACUCGCAGUCUGUUCAGGUUUUAUGCCGUUUGCUGCUCAUCAGUAUCUAAGGGUUGGAAAUAAAUCCUUUAAAACUUAAUCUAGAAAGAAAGGUCUUUUAUUAAAAUUAACUUUCUAAGGGACUUCAAAUGCGUCAAAAUACGUAUUUAUGUGGUAAAGGGUUGAGAACUUGUUGCACUUUUGCACCACUUAUGACUACAGUACUAAGUAUGCUGUUACAGUGUUUCUUCACAAUUUUGCAGUUUGGUAACACAUUUGCAAAACAAACUUGCACAGUGAUAUAAGUUUGAAAUGCAUAAUUCUCUAUGACAUAUCCAGGGUGUGUUUUAAUAUCUGGAUGAAACAUUGGUUCAGGUGUUAACUUGUAUUUUUUGCAUUUUUGGCACUAAAGCACAGUUAAAUGAAGAAAUAUUAUAAAGAUUAAUAUCUUAACUGACGCAAAUUGGAUGUGCAAGUCAUUUAUUUGUGGAAACUGGCGUCAAUGGAGGGAAAAAAAUGCUCUAAAUACCAGAAAGAUAGAUUUUUGUCCGUUCAGUGACGUAAUAACAGACGCUUUGGCUGUGCAAAU